UUUGUGUUUGUGAGCCUUGUGGGCAUCCUCAGCCUCUGUCUAAUCACACGGCCGAGUCCUCUCCAGAAGAUCCAGGCUGUUUCUGCACGGAUUCUGUUCUGCUGAUUGAGAACUAGUGUGAAGAUGUGGUGUGGGGCCGGGCCUCUGGCCGUGGUGGCUGCAGUGUUUUGGACUCAGUGUCUCCUUCUGGAUGGGGUGGAUGCCAGGAAGGAGAGAAAAAGGCCAAAGGAGGCAACCCCACAACACACAGAGACCUACAAUGCUACUAUUUCCAACAGCGAAGAGGUCGACGGAAGCAUCAAGAUUUCUGACAACCAGCGAGUGGAUCCACUAGGAUCAUGGAUGGACUUUGUCAAAAGACCGGUUGGCAACUUCCCUGGAAAGUGUCGCAAACGCAAACGACCCCUGCCGGGCCCACCCGGUCCUCCCGGCCCUCCUGGCCCACAGGGACCUCCUGGCUCUCCUGGAGCCGAAGUGACCCAGGAAGUUCUUCUCCAGGAGUUCAAAGACAUGAUUAAAGAGGCUACAGAGAGGAGAGCAGCAGCGUUGGACAGACAAACCAGCCCCAGCCAGCUCCCUACGGCUCUCCUCACCCUGGAGGGGAUGACCUCCUACCGGCGGAUAGAAGAGGCUUUCCACUGCAAGCUCAAGGGCCCUGUUGUGGUCGACAAGAAGACUCUGGUGGAGCUCCAGAACUUUCAGACACCACCAGCUAAAGGAGCCUUCCUCAGAGGAUCGGGAAUGGACCAGUCCACCGGAAGAUUCACAGCUCCCAUCACUGGGAUCUACCAGUUCUCUGCUAAUGUCCACAUUGACCACAAUGAGGUGAAGAGGAGCAAGAGUCAGCUAAAGGCCAGGGAUAAUGUCCGGGUGCUGAUCUGCAUUGAAUCACUCUGCCACAGAUACACCUCACUGGAGAUGAUUGUUGGAUUAGAAAGUAACAGCAAGAUAUUCACUGUCAGCGUGCAGGGGCUGCUGGAGCUACAGGCCGGACAGUACACCUCCAUAUUUGUGGAUAACGCAGCAGGCGCCUCCAUCACAGUACAAAACGGUUCCGAUUUUAUGGGCAUGCUGCUCGGUGUAUAGUCUCACAACAGGGACCGGGCGUCAUCCAAGCCAUCCACUGCUGCCGUUUUCGUCUUGUGUGUGUUUUUUUGUUGAUGUUUUUUUUGCAAUGGACUGCUUAUGAGCACCAUCACACAGUACCGAACCACAGGGGAGGUUUGAAGGAAGGAAGUGAGGCUGACAUGGACUUGACUGCUUGUCAGAUGGUGAAAGGACAGUGUAAAGAAGUCAAGGACUGUUUUUCACAGUGCACUGCUUCCACUUCCCUGAGGAACUUGGGAUGCCUGUUGCUUCACCAAUAAAAUAACCAGAAAAUGAAAGCAGUGAGUAUGUUAACUGUUACAGUUUAUGGUUUUUUUUCUUUUCUUUCGUGGCCGUUGAAGACCUUUACAGAAAACCAAAUAUCAAUGUUUUUAAAGUUCUCUGGAUAGAUGUUGAAGAGCUAGGGAACAAGAGAAAGUACUAUUUGUAGUAUUUGUGUGUUUAAUGUAUACUGAAAUGUUUUUUUGUCUACAUGAUCUAUUAUGUACACAAACUAUAGUUAUUUUUUAUCAUGGAUUAAAUCUCACAUUUAUAUUUGUUAUAUGGUACGUAGACUGUGAGUACACUGGACAAUGGAAACAUGCUCAAUAGACAGAAUACGGCCUCACAAGAUCUUAUCCCACAUAUGUAAUAACUUGUUUUGUAACAUAAAUAUUACUGCAUUUUAAGCCACGUAGCGGCGUGGCAAUGUUGGUCGUUCGUUCCACCGUUUUGGUUCAGUCCAAAAUAUCUCAACUAUUUGAUGGAUUGCCAUGACAUUUUGCACAUACAUUUAUGGUCCCAAGAGAAUAAAUCCUACUGGCUACGGUGGUCCACUAACUUUUCUCUUAGUCUUACCGUGAGGUGGACAUUUGAGGUUCUGAGCGAAAUAUCGCACCAACUAUUGGAUGGAUUGCCAUUCAAUUUGGUACAGACAUUCAUGCCCCCCGCCCCAAGAAGAAUUGUAACCAGUGUUAGCAUGCUAAAACACUAAACUAAGAUGGUAAACAUUAUACCUGCUAAACAUCUGCAUGUUUGCUUUGCCAUUGUGAGCAUGUUAGCAUUCUAAUGUUAGCAUUUAAGAACCGUUGCGACUAAGUACAGCCUCAUAGAGCCUCCAACUUGGCUGUAGACUAUCAUGGCGUAUUCAUAUUACAACGGAAAAACAAGGGUCUUGCGUUUGCCGUUGGUUCAGCCCAGUAUUUACCACCCCGGGACUCCGGACUGUACCAAACAGCACCACCUUAGCUACAAUGCCAGUGUCGCUAGCUGUAGAUUGCUACAUUUCAGAGACUCAAACGGUGUUUUAAUGCACAUUCUUAUGAACGGGUUUGUACGAUAUAGUACGUAGUCUUUUUUUGCCCGUUUUCACUGGGAAGUGAACUCCGCUCCCCGACUUGAAAGCUCUGUGUUUUAUGACCCACUCAUCCACUCCGACCUCCUCCGUACUCGGUCCAGAUCAUUCUUAUACAGCAGCAGCCACUGUGGUGCAUACAGCAACAACUAUAUGCAAAGCAUACAGAUUACAAUGCAUUAUUUUUUGUAGUUAUAUGUACGAAUGGUUCAUGAGAACAGCCUGUUUUAUAACAAACCUGCUAGCUGCAGCUGAUUGCUGAUAUAUUUUAGCCAGGCAUAGAUAUGAAGCCAUUAUUUUAUCUUACACUUUUGGAAAUUCAGACACAAGUAAUUCCGUCUCUCAGUUUAAGAAGGUUCAACAGCGAUUGGUUGUGCCCCCAAAGGUCAGUGGUCAAAGUUGAUCCUAAAUCAGGAUUUGCUAGAAUGGUGGACGUAUUUGGGUUUAGGCUAUGGG